CUAAAGAAGAAGAAACAGACAAUAGAAAAGGACGACUUGAGUGGGUGCUUCUCUCUCCUCAAAUUCCAGUUGGUGCUUUGCUCAGACGCAAUAUUUCUCCGCGGCAGGCAGCUGCGAUCGGGAUCUCAACACUUUCAUCCCACAGUUCAUCAACAAUGCCCUUUAGGAAACCCGUGGAGUUGGAGGUGGAGCCUCCGAGCGUAGUUCGGUAUUUGAUCGGAGCGGCGAUAAUGAUGCUUGGAGUGGUGUUACCGGUUGGCUACAUGAUGUUUCGUAACAAAAGAGUUCCUUCCUCUUCCUCCUACUCCAAACAGACGAACAAGGUUUUGAUAUAGAGGUGUGUUCUGGAUGCCUGGAAUUAAUGUUUAGUCACGGGCAAGGUGGUACAGUUUGAAGGAAAGGUGGAGAAUGGAUUUUGAUUCUUGGUAACACUGCAAAUUGCCUGUACAUGUUAGAAAGUCUACUGGUUUUGACAUAUUGAGCUGUUAGUUUUGACACCUGCCAUAUAUAUGGUAUAUUUGUGGUUUAUGAAGAUGUAUGGUUCGACUGCAUUCAUCCUAAUUUGUGGACAGCUCAUUUGGCAUUGUUGUUGGUUAUCCAAAAUAUCACUUGACGUUUUUCUA